AUCACUUUAGAUCAUAUGGAGCGAUACGUGCCUCAAAUCAAUCCUGCCACUUAUACUGUACUCACUACCUUGUUUUUGACCAUCGAGGCCUUUUUUAUGGCAUGGUUUAUUGUAUAUGGACUAACUGCAAACAAGUUUUCCCGCGUUUUGCUGAAAGAAUUGCUUCUAUCACUUGUAGCAUCUAUCUUCCUUGGCUGUGGAACAUUGUUUCUUUUUUAUGGGUCGGAAUCUACGUAUGAGUAAGUUUAUUUCUCCGUAAACAUCUCUGGUGGUACAUGUGGCGUCUCGGUAGCUGUCUUGUCCCCAAUUCCGAGAAUUUCACAGUAACUGGUUUAAGUAGUUGAACACCUCAAGCACCAUUCAUUUAACAGACUCCUGGUCUCGAAUCUUAGAACUUUUUUGACCAUAAAGGACCGGCGAGACUAAUUUAGGGAGGAGACAAUCAGAAGCGUUUGAGCGAUUUCAAGGUCAUGGAGCGAAGUUCAACGCGCGAUGCUAACAUACGAUCGGUUCACAGCGGAUUUUAGAGAGUAGGUGAUUAAUGAAAGGUUGCAACAGAUGGGACGGCGAGACUCUAAUUUAGGAACGAACCAAUCAGAAGCGUUUGAGCAAUUUCAAUUAUUAGC